AUGAAGACAUUCAGUGUUGCAGUUGCAGUGGCCGUCGUGCUCACCUUAAUCUGUAUCCAGGAGAGCUCUGCUGUCCCUGUCACUGAAGUGCAGGAGCUGGAGGAGCCAAUGAGCAAUGACAGUCCAGUUACUGAACAUGAGGAGACGUCAGUGGACUCAUGGAAGAUGCCGUACAACAACAGACAGAAGCGCGGUGUUAAGUGUAAAUUUUGCUGCGGCUGUUGCACCCCCGGCGUCUGCGGAUUGUGCUGCAGAUUCUGA